UUGGUGUUUGUUGUUUAUCCACAAGCUUUAGGCCAACUUCCUGUACCACAGUUCUGGUCGUUUAUAUUCUUCCUGACAAUGACUUUAAUUGGCAUAGAUUCUGUAAUCGUUAUGGUAGAAGCAGUAAACACAUCAAUAAUAGAUAUAUCUUUAUACUUGAGACAGAACAGAAGGCUCUUUGUUUUAGCAAUAUGUAUAAUCUUAUUUCUAUGUGGCAUACCCAUGAUAACACAGGGUGGAAUGUAUGUAUUUUUACUCGCUGAUUACUAUAUAUUCGGUGGUUCUAUGGUGAUGAUAAUUGCUCUAUUGGAAACCUUUGCAAUCGGCUGGGUAUACGGUGCCGACAAAUUGUAUGAUAAUAUUGAACACAUGAUAGGAUAUAGACUGAAUAUUUGGUUAAAACUUUGCUGGAAAUUUGUAUCCCCAAUUAUGAUAUUGGUAAGAAUCUUUUUGUAG